AUGUCUAAAUAAUUACAAAAUGAUAAAUAAUAAAAUGUUAUCCAAGCAUCAGGAUUAUAAGAAGCGUAUGAAUGUAAUCUAUAUAUGUAAAUUAGACUUGCUUAGAUAAUUAUGCAAGAAAGGGUUACCAACUGGAAAUGUGUAUGAAUUUUCAGCAUAAACAAUAUUGAAAUAUGAAAAAAAACUAAAAAAUUAGAAUAUAUAAAUUAAAGCUUAGUAAGCUGCUAAAGAAGCACAUGGUAAUUAUUGUAUUCAUUUUAGAAAAAUUUGUUAAAAAGAUGUAGGACAAAGAACAAAAGAAUUUAGAAGAAGUUUCAAAGUAUGAAUUAGCAUUUAGAGAAGAAUAAAAGAGAAAAGAAUAACAUAAUUAAUCUAUCUCUUAAGAACCUGAUCAACGGCAAACUAUAGGGAAAUAAAGUUUAGAUAUGAAAAAUCAACAAAAAGACAAAGUUGAUUAAUCUCCACCUAAAGGAUAAAAAAAGCAAAAUGAUAUAUAGCCAUCUCCUCCUAAAUAAGAAGUUAAAGUAUAAAAAUAAGAGCCUGAAUAAAUUUAGUAACAAUAACCAAUAAACUAAUAACAAUAACAAGGAUAGGGAUAAUAGCAAUAAUAAUAAAAUAAUAAUAAUAAAAAGGGAUCAGUUCAGAAUUCGAAAAAGGAUACAAAGAAACAGAAUUAGACUGAGUAAUCUAUAUUAAAAGAAUUAAAAUUAGAAGAAUAAAAAGAUUACUAAAAAUAAUAAGAAUAAUAAUAAAAGCAAUAAGAGUAAUAAUAAAAUCAAUAAUAAUAAUAAUAAUAAUAAUAAUAAUAAUAAUAAUAAUAAUAAUAAUAAUAAUAAUAAUAAUAAUAAUAAUAAAUUAAAGAAUAACCAAAAGAACAAUAAAAAUAAGAUAAUAAAAAAACAACCAAGAAAAAGUGA